UACUGUCGUCGUCCUCUUUAGACGAAGCAUUUUGGUUUGACGCAAUCAGUUGCAGAGAGAGAGAGAGAGAGAGAGAGAGAGAGAGAGGAGAAGGCUCCGGAGCAAAGAGAUGAGCGGCCACGACUCCAAGUACUUCUCCACCACCAAGAAGGGCGAAAUCCCUGAGCUCAAAGAGGAGCUCAAUUCUCAAUACAAGGAUAAGAGAAAAGAUGCCGUCAAGAAGGUGAUCGCGGCAAUGACUGUUGGGAAGGAUGUUUCAUCACUUUUCACAGAUGUGGUAAAUUGCAUGCAAACAGAAAACUUGGAGCUGAAGAAGCUGGUCUAUUUGUAUCUGAUAAAUUAUGCUAAAAGCCAGCCUGACCUAGCUAUACUUGCGGUGAAUACAUUUGUCAAGGAUUCACAGGACCCAAAUCCUUUGAUUCGUGCUUUAGCCGUCCGGACAAUGGGUUGCAUUCGUGUUGAUAAAAUUACAGAAUACCUAUGUGAUCCCCUUCAGAGGUGUCUUAAGGAUGAUGAUCCUUAUGUUCGGAAGACAGCAGCCAUAUGUGUGGCCAAACUUUAUGACAUAAAUGCAGAGUUAGUUGAGGAUAGGGGUUUUCUGGAAUCUCUCAAGGAUUUGAUAUCUGAUAAUAAUCCUAUGGUUGUAGCCAAUGCUGUGGCUGCUCUAGCCGAAAUUCAAGAGAAUAGUAAUAGACCCAUCUUUGAGAUCACUAGUCACACUUUGUCAAAGCUCCUAACUGCCUUAAAUGAAUGCACAGAGUGGGGUCAAGUUUUCAUAUUGGACGCUCUUUCUAAAUACAAGGCAGCAGAUGCUCGUGAAGCUGAAAAUAUAGUAGAGCGAGUUACACCACGAUUACAACAUGCGAACUGUGCAGUUGUACUUUCAGCUGUCAAGAUGAUCCUUCAGCAAAUGGAACUUAUAACUAGUACUGAUGUCGUUAGAAAUCUUUGCAAAAAGAUGGCUCCUCCACUCGUGACAUUGUUAUCUGCUGAGCCUGAGAUACAAUAUGUUGCUUUGAGAAACAUAAACCUUAUAGUACAAAGACGACCCACAAUCCUUGCUCAUGAAAUUAAGGUGUUCUUCUGCAAGUACAAUGAUCCAAUUUAUGUAAAGAUGGAAAAGUUAGAAAUCAUGAUCAAGCUUGCUUCAGACCGUAAUAUAGACCAGGUUUUGUUGGAGUUUAAAGAGUAUGCUACAGAAGUAGAUGUGGAUUUUGUCCGAAAAGCUGUCCGCGCCAUUGGUCGCUGUGCAAUCAAAUUAGAAAGAGCAGCUGAGCGGUGCAUUACUGUUUUACUGGAGCUUAUUAAGAUCAAAGUAAAUUAUGUAGUUCAAGAAGCCAUUAUUGUCAUCAAAGAUAUAUUUAGAAGAUAUCCAAAUACCUAUGAGUCCAUUAUUGCCACUCUGUGCGAAAGCCUUGACACUUUAGAUGAACCAGAAGCCAAGGCAUCAAUGAUCUGGAUAAUUGGUGAAUAUGCGGAACGAAUUGACAAUGCUGAUGAGCUACUUGAAAGUUUUCUGGAAAGUUUCCCUGAAGAGCCUGCACAUGUCCAAUUGCAAUUGCUGACUGCAACUGUCAAACUCUUUCUUAAGAAGCCGACUGAAGGACCACAGCAGAUGAUACAGGUUGUUUUAAAUAAUGCUACUGUGGAAACAGACAAUCCUGAUUUGCGAGAUCGGGCCUACAUAUAUUGGCGUCUUUUAUCAACUGACCCAGAGGCAGCCAAGGAUGUGGUGUUAGCUGAGAAGCCAGUGAUCAGUGACGAUUCAAACCUGAUUGAUCCAUCUCUUCUUGAUGAGCUUCUUGCUAACAUUGCUACGUUAUCCUCUGUGUAUCACAAGCCUCCAGAAGCAUUUGUUACCCGUGUGAAGGCCACAGCGCAAAGAACUGAAGAUGAGGACUAUGGUAGUGAAACAGGAAAUUCUGAAUCACCUGCUCAUGUUGCUGAUAGCUCUGCAUCCCCAACCGCAACUAGUUCAGGUGUUCCAUAUGCUGCAGCUAGACAACCUACACCAGUUUCGCCUGCACGUGCGCCUGCACCUGCACCUGCUCCAGUACCAGAUUUGCUUGGUGACCUUAUGAGCCUGGAAAACAGUGCUAUUGUCCCUGUAGAUCACCCUGCUUCUCCUGCUGGACCUCCAUUGCCUGUCGUUCUGCCAUCGUCAACCGGUCAAGGGUUACAAAUCAGUGCUCAGUUGACACAUAGGGAAGGACAAAUAUUUUACAGUUUAUUGUUCGAGAACAACACACAGGUUCCGCUAGAUGGGUUCAUGAUUCAGUUCAACAAAAAUACAUUUGGUCUUGCAGCUGCUGGACCCCUUCAGGUUCCACAAUUGCAACCUGGGACAUCAGCGGGGACUCUCUUGCCUAUGGUUACGUUCCAGAAUAUGUCUCAAGGUCCUCCAAGCUCACUAUUGCAGGUUGCUGUGAAAAACAAUCAACAACCAGUCUGGUACUUUAACGAUAAAAUCUCAUUGCACAUCUUCUUUACUGAUGAUGGAAGAAUGGAGCGUGCAAAUUUUCUUGAGACAUGGAGGUCUCUUCCGGACACAAAUGAGAUUACAAAGGACUUACCUGGCAUUGUGGUGAGCAAUGUUGAAGCGACUCUGGACCGCCUGGCUGCUACAAACAUGUUCUUCAUUGCGAAGCGCAAACAUGCCAACCAGGACGUGUUCUAUUUCUCAGCAAAAAUCCCUCGAGGAAUACCAUUCUUGAUUGAACUCACCACUGUCGUGAAUAACCCCGGGGUCAAGAUUGCAAUCAAGACUCCAAGCCCGGAGACAGCACCUCUUUUCUUUGAAGCCAUGGAGACUCUCCUCAGGAUUGAUUCUGCUUUAUAUGUUUAUAAUUUUUGUAUCUCUUUUUUUUUUUUUUGUGCUUUUUUUCUUUAGUAUUUGUAAACUCAGCAGCGGAUAUCGAGUUUUUUUUUCUUUUUUCGUGGUCGAUCUGUCUGCCAUUCUUUGUACUUUUCCUUCGUUGCCACUUACAUUGACCUUAAAUUGUUCAAACUUUUGAGUUACAUAUUUCAAUACACUGGUUGUCGUGGUUCGAUUCAA